AUGCAGGUUCGACUCGGUGACAACGCGUUUUUCUACGUUUUUUACAUAUUCGGUUAUGGAUUAUGUAACGAAUCCGUACAAUAUCAAGUUUCAGAGAAUAAAAUUAAUUUGUUUCCCAUUUCGCAAGUUGUUAAUGGCGGCGAUACUUUUCAAUAUACUUCUCCGGCUCCAUUUUACGUUCCAGCAGUUCCAGCGGUUCUCAUAUCCGAUCAGGUUGAACUUCCGUCGGUGGGAAAUGCGGGAUUGGUGCAACAAGACGAUUACGUUAAAGAACCACAAGUCGACGUAACGCGCGGAACCGAAUAUUUACAUUCGAAUUAUAAAAUCCCGAAUAAAAAUGUCGGUCACGGGGAUAUGCAUUUAAAAUAUAAAACGGGAGGAUAUAAUUAUUAUAAAAAUUACGUUAAUUUAUUACAUCCGACCCCGUCUAAAUCGAAAUACGUCAACGUGGGUAAAAAGAAAAUGUCAACGAUUGGAAAAGUUAAUUUUCAAAAUUCUUAUUAUUCUCAACAGGGAUUUUAUUCACAUCCGAAUAAAAUGACUUAUGCCGGAUCGAUAUCGUAUAAACCGUUAAAAAUGUCCGAUUAUUAUCACAUUCAUAAAAAAAUACCCAACAAAGAAUCUUCGGGUCAUUACGUACGGAUAAAAGGGCAUCUCAAACAUCAUUAUUUACGUUCGCCUUCGAAAAAAAUUCGAGUUCAUUCGAAAAAAGAACAUGUCGCCGCGGCGUCGAAUCAAAACAAACAACAAAAAGAUUAUUCAUUUUAUAAUCCGUUGAUGAGUGUGAAUUAUCCUUCUUCUCUGACGGUUGUUCCCGUCACUCCCGCUGGAAUCAAUACCAUAAGUCUUUCUCAACCCGUCGCGACGCAAUUUUACACGUUGGGACCGGAUGUGAACGUCGUACAACAAAACGAACAAAAACCCAUUUCCGAAAGAAUUUACGGUAACGUUUAUCCUUAUCAAAAUAUCGAGUCCGUUUUAAAUAAUAGUAAAAUAAUAACGACGUGGUAUCAGAAUCCUUAUCCGAUCGUAAAUACGAGACAAGAACAAUUAUUAGUCGAUAUGAAUAAUAAUAAUAAUAACGUCGUCGGAACCACGCCGACGUCAAAUUUACCCUUUUUCGGAACGAAUCAAGGAGGCGGUGGUGCUAUCAUCAAUCAAGGAAUUUCUCCGGAUCAAUCAAUUUAUUACAAUAAUGCGAAUAACGUUUUGUUACAAAACCUCCGAGAUAAUACGAAUCGAGUAACAACCGGAAAUAACAACUUGAAUACUCAAAUAUUAAAUCAAGCGAACGUCGUCGAACCGACCGGAAGUUCAUCGGAAAUUUACACGUUUUACGAACCCGCGACAAAUGAAAAAGAAAAUUUAAACGAUGGUUUAGAAAUUUCCCAACCUGGAAAAGUCUCCUGGGUGAACGUUAAAAAAAUCUCCGACGAAACGGAAACGGAACCGACUAAAAUUUACAAAAGUCAGAAGGGGAUGUCGAUUCGGGAAGAUAAUUCCGAUUGGACACCCGUGAGUUCCAGCAGAGUAUUCGACGAAAGCGAAGCAUCAAUCGCAAAAGAACUACGUAAACUUUCGGAAGUCAUACAAAACGUCACGGAAAAAUCUGGAUUACGUCAAACGGAAAAACCCGCGAUUAAAAAAUUUAAAAAUUUCAAUUUUGAUACUCGUGGAAGAAGAAUAUCGAAAAAAAAUGUCGCAUACAUUGAUAAUAAUGAUUAUCCAUCGGCUGCACAAUUUUACAUAGCAAUGUUAAGUAUUAGCUUGAUUGUGGGUUUGAGUUAUUACGGUUACAUAAUAUACAACAGGUUCAAAAAUAAAACGACAGUACUUUAUUCAAUUUUUUUAGUAACUUCUUUGCUUUGCAGAACUUUUUUUAGCUUGUUAAUUGCAUCAAUUGUUAUUUACGGUGUUAGUAACGACGUACCUGGAAGUAAUACCUUAUUAGCUUUCGAAUGCAUUUCACAUAAUUUAGUUUUGGGUUUUUGGUUAAUAUUAACAAUAUACCUUCAUGCAUGCAUAAGAGUUAAUUUCAACAGUGAACCAAGUUUAAAACUUUAUGAAUAUGGCGUACCAAGUAUCGCCAUUUAUUUUGCUCUCACAUGGAUAUUUGUUUUAACAAACGAAUGUAAUGAUUUGAUGUGGAUUUCCGUUGUACAAAAAAAUUCUGCUUAUCAGUGGAUUGUAAAUACAAUUAGACUUUUGUAUUUAUUUAUACAAUUGGGAUUAAUAUUAGACAUAACUAGAUUGAUAAUGUCGCAAAAAUGUACAGUUUAUAAGGAUAGCAGCGAGCAAGUCAGGAAAUGCGGUUUAAUCAUGUCCAUAUUAAUUUUUUACUUUUGGCUCCAAUUUGGUUUUUCAAUUGGACGACCGUUAGAAUAUAAUAUCGAAGUUUAUUUGUUUUUUAAUUAUCUCGUUGAAGGUUUGCAAUGUGCACUUGUUUGUCCGUUAUUAUAUUUUUUUGAAAAAUGGGUAAGUGAAGCGAGGGAAAUACUUUAA